AUGGGGAUGCGGUGGACCGAGUGGUGAACUUGAGAGAAACGACAAUUGGCAAAAUAGUGACGUGUGAUAGCGGGUACAAUCGCGAUCGUUCCUGGCGAAUGGCGAACACCAUGAAGAUGAUGUCGAUGAUGAGCGCGAUGCGGAUUCUCCUAGGGAGCAUCAUCUGCCUUCUGUCGGCGGUUAACGCGAGGACGGCGAUAAUGCCGCCGCCGUGGGCCGAUCCCUCGAGUAACCCCUGCGCAGCGCAACCGCGCGGCUGGCAGCUGCUGUACUGGCCGGCCGACGGGAAAUGCUACAAAAUAUUCCAGAUCGGCGCCCCGUGUCCGGAGACCAUGGAACUGGGCCCGGCGGCCGGUAGCGGAACAAUCGCGGAGUGCAGGUGUCCCCCGGGAACCGCGCAGUCACCCAGGGACGCUUUGUGCCAUCCGAUAUUCACGAGAGCGUCCUGCUCCAAGGGUCAGUUCUUCGCACCAGUGCCGGACGCGCCGGAUAAGUCAGGUAAUCACUUGACGAAAUCACGAUGGGGAGUCUGUCGCGAUCCCGAAAUCUGCAGCGAGCAAGACGAGCUCUACUGGCCGAGGGAUGGCAAGUGCUAUCCAAAGCUCAGCAGGGGCCCGUGUCCACGGGGCGAGCUCCUCGUCGCGGGCGAGGACGGUCUGGCGACCUGUGCGUGCUCGACGAGCGGCGAGCUGGCCAGAUACCAUUGGCUGGGAAACGGCGGCGGUUGCCACGAGCACUACACCAAGGGUCCCUGCUCGGAGCCGGGAGAAUUGUUUCUGCCGGGCGGGACGUGCGGUUGCAACCCUCAAUUGCCUCACUAUCACGAACCGAGCGAGAUGUGCUAUCAGUUAGGCGGCGUCGGUCCGUGUCCGCAAGGACAUCACUUCGUGGUGACAAUGGACGCCCGAUCACCGCAGGAGGACGUUGUACGAGCCAAAUGCGUUUGCAAAUCGGGCCACGUGUUGUACAAAGACGGGUUCUGCUACCGAUUGCACACGCGGGGACCCUGCGAGAGCGGCUACAUGCUGGUAAACUCGUCGACCUGCAUUCCCGUGCCAUGCAAACGCGGUAGACUGUACUUCCCUCAGGAGAGGACCUGCUACAAGAUCGGUACGCGGGGACCGUGCCCGAACGGGCAGAUAGUGUUGUACGACCACAACGUGAGACCGUCCCUCGACGGGAUCAGUUACAACGGCGUGUGCGGCUGCGCCGUGAGAGACGCCGGCAAGUGCCUGAGGAGCGACAGCGACGACUGCGAGAGCACGCCAGGCAUGGUGAUGAUCAAGAAGAUCUGUUACAAACUGUACACGCAGGGCCCGUGCACCGCGGGCGAAUGGUUGGUCGCGCAGAGGACACCGAGGAACAGUCGGCUGUUAUGGCGACAGGGAGAAUCGCGGCCGAGAGCCAGGUGCGAGUGCCGACCUGGUUACAAGAGGAUCGUCCACAGCUCUGGCGAGGAAGAGCUGGAGAGCAGUAAUCUGAUCUCGCCGAACAGUUGCCAGCCGCCUGCGGUGAGCCUGGCGAAGUUUCUCAACGAUAAUAUCAAAUCGUUGGUAAUCUGAAUAGCUCAAUAGCUCGUACUUAUAAUUUAUAAGAUUCAUCAAAUUAUUUUUUUUUUUUACCUAUGUGAAGAACGAACCUAGCAUCGAACUUUUCAGUUGAAGGAACAACGAUCGAUUUAAUUUUGUACAUAAUGUUACACGACUUAUUAUUUUUUUAAUUUUAUCUCACA